UAUAAAGGGUGACAUCCCCAUCGCUCGCUUUAGCUGAACACUCAUGCCUUUUCGGUGCGCAACGUAUUCUUUGGUGUGAAAAUUGGGUUAAAUUUGAAAACCUCCGUUUCCACUGUGUAUUCGAAGAGUCCAUUUUUGCGAUUCGCUUUGUUUUGAUUUGUCUUGUCAAUUUUUUUCUGUUUAUAACCUAACAUACAGAUUUUGUCUGUUUCUAAUUUUUUUUUCUUGAGGAUCAGACAGCUUUUGGAGUCUUUUUUUUUUGGUGUCGUCAAUCUGAUCAAAUCUGCCAGAUUUUUUUAUUUGUAAUUUUUUGCAAAGGGAUUUUACAGACAUCCUGUCAUCUUCGUUCAAAAGCAUGAAACAAACCGAGAUGAGCCGUUUGUCUCGUGAAGACGACAACAGCAGCACCAACAGCAACGACUACAACUAUCCAGACUGCCCGAGGAAGGUCCCGCUUAAUGAGCAAUAUGCGGACUUAGAUCCGGAGAGUGAGAACUUCCUCCCGGACAAAAACUCUGGCAAGAAGAAGUAUGAGACGGAAUAUAUCCAAGGCAAUGCCUCCUUUGGCAUGUCCGUGUUCAACCUGGGCAACGCCAUCAUGGGGAGCGGCAUCUUGGGUCUGUCCUACGCCAUGGCCAACACUGGCAUUGCGCUAUUUGUCAUCCUCCUUGUGGCCGUCGCCAUCUUCUCGUUGUAUUCCGUGCAUUUGCUCCUCAAAACGGCCAAUGAAGGAGGCGCGCUGGUGUACGAGCAGCUGGGCUACAAAGCCUUCGGGAUGCCCGGCAAACUGGCCGCUUCCUGCUCCAUCACCAUGCAGAACAUCGGAGCCAUGUCAAGCUACCUCUACAUCGUCAAGUACGAGCUGCCCAUUGUCAUUCAGGCUUUUACAGGAAGUAAUGAUGAAUGGUACACUAACGGAGACUACCUGGUGCUGCUUGUGUCAAUCUUCAUUAUUUUGCCCCUUUCACUGCUCAGGAACUUAGGUUACCUUGGAUACACCAGCGGCCUGUCGCUCCUCUGCAUGGUCUUCUUCCUCAUUGUGGUGAUCAUCAAGAAGUUCCAGAUCCCGUGCCCGCUUCCUGAUAUCAACGCUGUGAAUGAGACAUUGAGUAAACCCAACACCACUGUGUCUCCCAACAACGCUCCCACAGAAGACUACAGUGAUGCCUGCACACCGAAAUACUUUGUCUUCAACUCUCAGACUGUCUACGCUGUUCCCAUCCUGACCUUCGCCUUUGUGUGCCACCCAGCUAUCCUGCCCAUGUACGAGGAGCUCAAAGACCGUUCCCAGAGAAGGAUGCAAGGAGUUGCCAACGUGUCCUUCUUGGCCAUGUUCGUCAUGUACCUCUUGGCGGCCCUAUUUGGAUACCUGACCUUCAAUGUGCACGUGGAAUCCGAGCUGCUGCACACCUACUCCAAGUACUUAGAAUUCGACGUGAUCUUGCUGAUAGUUCGCCUGGCUGUGCUCACCGCCGUCACCCUCACCGUACCCGUGGUACUCUUCCCUAUCCGAACCUCCAUCAACCAGUUCCUGUGCGCUUCCAAGUUCAGCUGGGUCCGCCACACUAUCAUAACUGUAGUACUGCUGGCCGGUACCAACAUCAUGGUCAUCUUCGUGCCCAGCAUUAAGGACAUUUUCGGCUUCAUCGGUGCAUCUGCCGCUGCAAUGCUUAUCUUCAUCUUACCCUCGGCUUUCUACAUCAAACUGGUCAAGAAAGAGUCGAUGAAAUCCAUGCAAAAAAUCGGGGCCACCGCCUUCCUCCUGUGCGGUUUCGUGGUCAUGAUCGGCUGCAUGAGCCUCAUCAUCCUCGACUGGGUCCGUAAUGCCACCACGGAGCACCCUGACGGACACUAAGGGCCGGAUUGAAGUCACCAAACUAAUGAAGAUCAAAUUUUGGAAACAAAGACUUUUGAUGCUUGGCUUUGACUGAGAGAGACUACGCCAUUCCAAGAGAAUGUAUACCCGGACUUGUACAGUUUGCUGUUUUUUCACACCACAAGUUUGGUGCCCCGCCCCCCUCCACGCCCCCUUUUAAUAGCUGGUCCUCCAUAUAACUUCUUUGUCUUUUACCCUUACUGUUCUUGUUUUUUUUUUUUUUGUAGUUUUGUUACAAUUGAAAAAUUUAACGUGCCUCAAAGAAACGAUGAGAUACAGUUUGAGGUCGUCAGGAGAGUUGAAAACAAACAAACAAACAAAAAACAACAACAAUUAGCAGCUGACACUCAGGUACGGUUUUAUUUUUAUUUUUUUGCGCGAGUGCGGCUGUGACCUCACACGUCGACAAGUCCUGCUGACAAAACGGUGCGAACUAGACUUUGUUCAGCCUCAUCGGAACUUUUGUUUUGUUUUGCCAAACGUAUAACUGUUAAUUGAGCAAAUUUGUAUACUGUACUGAAAAGCACUUAUUGUUCAGCACACCGUUGGAAAACCCAGACUUGUUUUCCAUACACAGACGUGGGCCUAUGAAGCCGCCCACUCAGUAUUUGUGACCUUUCCUUGUACACAAAAAGAGCAAAAGACAACACAAACCUGCCUUUUUUAUAGCAUACAACACUGGGAGCUGCAGAGUAACUCACUUGACUCUUAUUUAAAACCAAAAAAACUGUACUCUUUUAAGAUCCUGCUGAUAUAGAAGUAGCGCGCACAUGUCUGAGGAAGAGGAGGCAAAAAAAAAUUUUGGGGGAAUACUUUGAAUUUGACCACAUUAGCAUGGUCAGAAAAAAAAACGCCUGUCAAACUUGCAAAAACAAAAAUGUCACGCUGGCAAGCAAGCAUACCACAAAUAGCGGCGCACUGUGCUUCCAACACUAACUCAACACCAAACUGUUGUUGUCCAACAUCCUGUUAUGGAAGACCGUGAAAAUCAAUGUAAUUUAAAAUAUUUUACUAUAUUUAUAUAAUAUUGUAUCUGUAUAUAUAUGUAUAUAUAUAUAUAUCUAUUGAGUUCAACUGAAUAUAUGCUUUUUAUGUCGAUGUUAAUGGGGGAAUAAUGCAUUGGAGCUGUAAAACAAACAAAACCCACACUGGGGAAAUUUGUAAUGAAUUUGUUCGAAAAGACAAUGCUUUACAUGUUCAUCUGUCAAGACUGAAAUGUGCUACUGUUGAUUUUGUGCAAAUUCUGUUCUAUUGUCGAGGCCACUGAGAACGUAAAAGCCGCCUUGUACCCCUUUCUGACACCGCCCCCCACAACACCCCCCCCCGCCCCACAGGUUGGAGAGUUUGUCGAACCGUCUAUGGGCCUCAGGGGGGCAAAGAGGGCAGUGUUACAUUCUUGUUUCAAUGAAACACCGUGUAUAUCCUGUAAUUAAUGUCCAAUUAAAUUCAAAGUUCCUCUAUAACAA